AUGUCUCUCCACAUUCCCAACGUGCCCUUAUCAUCUUCAAAUCUUUGGGUUGAAGACCAACACCACCUGUUUCAGGGGCUUCCGGGCUCGGAGAACUCAUCAAGAGAAAGUCAGACGCGAGAACAAGCGGUGCAAGAGAUAGGGGAUACGAAGUCUGAUAACAUGGGAGUCCAGGAGCCCAGUGAACCCAACGUCAUUUCGGAAGAACAGCCACAAAUCCCGGCUAGGCCCUUGGGGACGAUCUUACCCCAAGGAAAUGCCCUUCUCAGCUCUCAAACAGCGGCUCGUCUCCAGCCUCAUUUGCCACCACACGAAUGGUCAUUUUGGACAGAUGCUUGCCUGCGGGGGCCCAAACCUAUCAAGCUUGACGGGUGCGGCUUCUGCGUCGUACACCGUCGUCUCGACAACAGCAACCCUAGUGAUCGAGACUUUCCUAUCACAUGGUGGCAAAGCUGUUUUGUGGCACGCAACGCCCAUCAAAUAGGGCACGCUGAAAUGCUUGCAGUGGCGCAAGCCUUAGAGAUGGCCGUCGACCAAUGUGAGCGCAUCUCCGGAACUGUCGUCACCAAGGCAAGAAUAAAAAUGCCAGGGGCGGCUGAGAAGAUAAAGCGUCAGGCGGCUACUAUUCACUGGCCGAUGCCGAAGGGGGUGAAUAUAUUCACAGAUAGUCAGCAGGUGUUGGACUCUUUAGACAGCUGCUGGCUUUCUGGCAGAACGCCAGGUCAGCGGUCACCAAUGAGGCAUGCCAACGCGAUGAUUGAAGCACUUAGUCUCUUAGGUGUCAGAUGCAUCCUCAAUAGGUUCCAGGCCAUGCCGGCGACGUCCGUAAUCGUUGGGCUCAUGAAGGAGCUCGAAAUGCGCUCAAACCGCAAUUUCAUGGGCGGAAAGUGUACACGAGGAAAGUGCACCGUGUUCACCGGAGGCUUUACAAGGAUAAAACUAUGGCGCGACCAUCCACAGCUACUGGUGAGAAAGGAACGUGAGCCAGCGGCACAAUAG